AUUAACUCAACGCUUAGAUAGUUAUUCUUAAAGCUGUUCAUCUUCACCCAGCUUUUUUUAUGGAUUUGGAUUUGGACCUUUUGUCAGCUGAUUUACGCUUGGUUGAAUUUUCACUGUUGCAGUAUUCAGUUUCCAAAAUUUCUAAAUUGCACUACAUUUCUUACAUGUACUUGGAUAUGAUAAAUUUAGUUUGAAACGGUUAAUCUAAAGACUGCUGAGCUGGGUUUUCUGGGAGCAGCAACUUAUCAUAGCUUCAGUAAAUGAAAUAGAGCUUGAACUAAAUGAAAUAGUUUCAUAGUGCUUGAACUGAAUGAAAUAGAGCCCUUCCAAGUUUCAAGGUUUCCAGAUUGGGACUUGGAUGUGCAGGACUUUCAGGAAUAUAUAAUACUCCUCUGUCCCAUGAAGAUGGAUGUUUAGUCAUAAAAGAAGCUUUCAAUAGGGGUAUCACCUUCUUUGAUACAUCUGACGUUUAUGGGGAAAAACAUGAUAAUGAGAUCAUGCUUGGCAAGGCCCUGAAGCAGCUUCCUCGAGAAAAAAUUCAACUGGCAACAAAAUUUGGUAUCGUGAAAUCAGAAUCCGAGGGGCUUCCUCUAAUUGAGGUCAAGGGUACCCCUGACCAUGUUAGGGCCUGCUGUGAAGCUAGUCUUAAGAGGCUUGAUGUGGAGUAUAUUGAUCUAUACUAUCAACACCGUGUAGAUACUUCAGUGCCAAUAGAAGAGACAAUGGGAGAGCUUAAGAAGCUUGUGGAAGAAGGAAAAAUAAAGUACAUCGGGCUAUCAGAAGCUAGUGUUGAUACAAUAAAGAGAGCACAUACAGUUCAUGCUAUCACUGCCUUACAAAUGGAAUAUUCACUCUGGACUCGUGAAAUUGAAGAUGAAAUAAUUCCACUUUGUCGAGAACUUGGAAUUGGAAUAGUGGCAUAUAGUCCUCUUGGUAGGGGCUUUUUUGGAGGGAAGGCAGUUGUGGAGACUUUGCCCAAUGGGAGCCAGUUGGCAAAUCAUCCAAGGUUCACAGGGGAGAAUUUAGAGAAGAACGAACUUCUAUAUUCCCGAUUUUCAGACCUGGCUAUAAAACAUGCCUGCACAGUUCCUCAACUUGCUUUGGCAUGGCUUCUCCAUCAAGGAGAAAAUAUAAUUCCAAUCCCAGGGACAACUAAAGUUAAGAACAUCAUAGACAAUGUUGGAUCCUUGGCAUUGAAGCUUAGACAAGAGGAUUUGAAAGAAAUUUGUGAUGCUGUGCCUCUUGAUGAGGUAAGUGGCCAAAGAGUUUGGGGCUUCCUUUCUCAAUAUGCCUGGAAGUUUGCUAAUACUCCAUUAAAGUGAAGAAAAUUACAGAGUUGAAGCAUGUUGGCUUCUUUUUUUUUUUAUGUAGUUCAAUUUGCUUGCUCAUAAAUCUUAUUUGGGCAGAGGAAAUCUCCAUGAAAAAGAGAGUUCACGUGUGAUGAAUAAGUUAUUAUGCUAAAAUUAUCCUUACCUGUGGGGAAUUAUGUCACUUGUGGAAGUGAGAAUCUCACUUCUUUUUGUGCUCAAUUGUGUUUUUUUUUUCUUGGCAAAUAAAAUGCAUGUCCAGGCAGAGAUUCUAGACAUGAUAACUUCCCUUGUGAUUGAAUUGGUGCAUUGUAAUAACUGAGUUGAUUUUCUAACUUUUUUAUUGUUGCUUCUUGGAGUCUCUCUCUCAGACAUA